GCAAGAACCCGUACCGGCGCGGCGCGGUGCCCGGUUGAAUUAAAGUAUAGAACACAAAGUUGCGCGGAUCAAUAAAUAGACAUCCAAUGGCAGUGCUCGUCGCUACGCUCGCAAUCAAUCAAUAUAACUUUAAAAUUAUAUAUGCAUCGCUUAUAACUUAGUAAGACUCCGUGUCGUUGUGUUGAAAAGUAUUGAGAAUACAUUUAUAAUGAUCACUCUAGGCGCUCUCAUAUGUUUAUUUACUUUGGCGAGCGCGUUCGACGACACCUUCUGCGAUAAAGAUAAAGUUCUCUGCCAUGGGAACUUCGAUAUAGACUUUACAGUCAAACAUAUACUUUACGACGUUAACCCCCCGGAAGGUUUUAAUUUAAGGAGGGAUGUGUAUAUGAGGUUUGCCAUUAUGCUGGCGAAAGCGAAGACCAACUACGUGAAAAACAAGUGGCGGCUGAUUUUACCGCCUUGGGACAACAUGUACCAUUGGAAGGCAAGUACGCAGACGAGCAAGCCUCUGCCCUGGAGACACUUCUUCGAUGUGAACGCUCUCCAAUCUUUCGCGCCAGUCGUGGAAUUCGACGAAUAUCUAGAAAACACAAAAUCAGAUUACGUGAAAGUCGACCAUUUGUAUGUUUUACAGAACUUUGAAAAUCCGUUUGAGAACGGCGUUUUCGAAGAGAAGUAUAAAGUGGUGGGGAACUGUGUUUAUAAUGUUAGUAACGAUAAAAUAAGAGUGAAGGAGGUGAUAUGUGUCAAGUUCCAGGGUAAGAUAUCAAAAUUAUGGGAAUUGAUAGCAUCGAAUCCAAAGGACACCAGCGUGAUGUUCGCGCACGGAGAGAUACCUCUGCAUGAUAGUUACGGGGACGGGUUAUACUGGUCUUGUCGUAAGAGCAUGGUGUUCAGUGAUCCGCUUGUCGAAGCGGCGACGAAGUACAUGACGGAUAAGCUCAAAUGCUACAUGAAGAUGUGCACUUCGUAUAUAAGUAUACACUGGCGGCGUCAGGACUUCGCCAGGUCGAGGAGUAAGGACGUCCCAUCGGUCACAGGAACGGCAAAGCAAAUUGAUGACAUUGUAAGGAAUACUAAUCUCGAUUUGAAUGAAGUGUUCAUUGCGACCGAUGCUGAUCAAUCGGAGUUGCAGCUUCUGAAGACUGAAUUGAAGAAUAUGGGGUACAUGGUUUACUACUACACUCCGACGGCUGACGAGAUACAGCGCUACAAGGAUGGUGGCAUCGCAAUCAUAGAGCAGAUCAUAUGUUCCCAUGCUGCAACCUUCAUCGGAACGCAUGAGAGUACAUUUACAUACAGGAUUCAAGAAGAGAGAGAGCUGCUGGGAUUCCGCACAUACACUACAUUCAACCGAUUCUGUCCAGACAAGGGUGAAUGUGAGAGGCCGUCCGUCUGGAAGUUUGUUGAAUGACUACACUAACUAAGGACGUGGGAGACCAGCUACUAAUGGUCUUUCCAACCCAAUGUAGACCUUUCUACUCCAGAUCCACUAUACUUGGACUCGAAUAAUCACCAGAACACGUAACAAAUAUUCCAUUAAUCUUAAAUGAUUUUUUUUAUUGUAUUUGUAUUUUUGAAAUUUAUUUUUCAUACUUUAUUUCCUGCUGGGAAAAAAAAAAAUUAUCAUAUAUUUUGAUAUUUUUAUAAUUAUUGUGCCAUAAAGCAUUUACUAUAGCGAUAAGUGUAUUUCAAUGCUCUUCAAUAAAUGUCUUCUAGAAGAAAAUAUUCUUUGAUGUAAUUUUCUUUGUAAGUGAAGUGUAACUGAUGAAGGAAGAUUCUAUGGUCAGCGAGCUUCACCGCAUGAGGUCCGUCUCGAUGGGGGCAGUGUCAUGCUGUAACAGAAGAUAUGGCCAAAUGUCUAUAAGGCAGCCUAUCCCGCUGUAGGCCUUAAGUGGGGCCGGGAGAGACUUAGAAAGAAAUGGGGGCCUUGUGUAGAGGCCUAGGUGAUUUAUAAUAUCAUUUAGCUAGGAUAAGUUAUAGUACUUCUUCAGUAGGUA